GUUUUGAAAUUGAAUUGUCAAAUUUGUUUUAAUGGCUUUUUGAGGUUUUGGAAAAAUAAUAAUAAUAAUAAUAAAAAAAUUACAAAAAAAAAAAAAAAAAAAAAAAAUGUGAAAGGCUGUGUUCGGUUAAAGUGUAUAAUUGGUGAUGGUUUGUGCAAUAAAAUCAAAAAAGAAAAGGAGUUACACAUCUACAUAAAAGACCUCCUCAGAGGUCAAGCCCCAAUAUAUAUUGGGUGGGCUUAAUCAAAUUAAUUAAACAUUACCUUUAAAACCCAGCAAAAGGUUUUUAUUUCGAAAGCCCAACAUACCGAAAAGAAACAAAUAUAAAGAGUUUCUCGUUAAAACUCUUUAAAUUUUAAAAUACAAUGACAGAAAAUCAAUUAUUUCCCAUGUCGACAGAAUUAUUCGACACCUCUUCCAAUAGCAGUAAUCCACUGAAAUACGAUUUGUAUACGUUGGGAUUAACAACCAGUGUAGGAUCGGCAACAGCAUUAUUUGCAACAUUUACGAAUACGAGCAGCGGCGGAGGUAUUGGCACAAAUUCUCUAUUUACACCCACAAGUAGCAGCAGUAGUAGUCUUGGUGGUGGCAGUGGCAGUAGUAAUGUUAUGCUAACGAAUGCCAUAACAAUACCACGUAGUAAUAAUCCAAAUCAAAGUCAUAAUCCCUAUCAAGACGAGGCACAACAUCAUCCCACCAACAGUCCAUUUCUUAGUCAUUUAUUGCAUCAUCAGCAGCAACAGAAUCUUCAGCAACAACAGCAGCAGCAUAUAAAUAACAUGAUGUCUUCUUCAGCCAAUAUGCAGCAGCAACAACAACAGCAGCAACAGAAUCAGCAACAUUCCAGCGGUUUGUUGUCGAAUUCUCUUUCCGAUUAUUCCGAUUAUACUUUAGAUGCUUCUAUUUCACCUUCUCUGUUGCAAGAUGUCAGCUUAAGUGCUGCCGCUCCCUCACAGGGUCUUAAUUCCGGUCAAAAUUCUAGCGCCUCCCUAACAUCACCCUUCUACAGCCAAGAUCCUUCAUCGCCACUCAGUAAUAACAAUGGUUCUUUGGGUAGUAAUGGCGCAACGGGCGGUAGCAAUGGCAGCGGCAACUCCAGUAAUCUAAAUAUCUCCUCUUCUACUGAUAUUACUGGAGUUACUUUUCUCACUUCUACCGCCACAGCAGAUGACUCCUCAUCUCUGUUGUACGACUCAAAUCUAGCGCCCAAUUCCAUGUGGAGUGAUGUUGGCAGUGCCAUUUCCACCAAACAUGAACCCUUUUUCAUAGAAGAAAACUAUAUUUUUCCUUUGGAUAAAUCGGAUGUAAAUAAUACCGGUUUUGGUGACUUUGAAGGUGAUAUUGCGAACUUAGAAGAUAUAGGAAAUUUGGAAGACUUUUUGCCAUCUUCAGGUUCUCAUGACGAUGCUGGUCACUCGUUUCAUUUGCUAUCACCUUCUUUACAUACCGCAGCACAAAGUAGCACGCCUUCUCCGGGUAUGGGACCACCAAUGGAACUAUUACAGCAUCAACAACAGGAACAACAACACCAACAUAUAACACAGUUUACGCAAAUACAAACAAUGCAGAACUCCAAUGGUGAAGCUAAUGGCAACUCUAAUCAAACAAACUCUAUGCAAAUCCAACAGCAGCAGCAGCAACAACAACAAAAUCAUCAAAGUUCCUCUAGUCCAUAUGAAAUUUAUCACAGUACACCAAAUAAACAUCAAUUGCAGCAACAACAACACAAUACAAAUUUUUCACCCGGAAGUCUACCUUCUCCUUCACCACUACAAAUGAAUUCCAUAACACCACCACCACCUCAUGCCAAUCGUUCACAAUACCAGAGCCAAGUCAAAUCACGCAACAUGCAAGAGCUGCUAAAAAAAGAUUUCUCCAUAUCGCCCGAUCGUAAUAAUUCGUCUUGUCUCUUGGGCCAUUCGGUACCCGCUACGCAUGGCCUCCGAAUGUCUGCCAAUACUUUGAGUCCCAGUAGUGGCAGCAGUGGUUUUGGUAGUACAAAUGGUGCCAACAUUAGUUCCGGUUCCUCGAAUGCCCCUGUGAUAAGUGUAAAUAGUGCACGCAAGCAAAUGUAUAUGGCCAAUGAAGGCAAUACAAUAUCAAGAUUAUCCUCGUCGGCGCCCACACAUUUGGGACCGACCGAUAUAUGGAUGCGUAGAGAACCCAGACAGCAUUUAUUAUCUACCAGUUCCUUGGCCGAAGCCGAGUCUUUCUCAUCCCUUAGUACCGGCAGUGUUUUGUCACCCGAUGGCCAUGACUAUUCACAGGAUGAUGACGAUGAUAUUUCAACCGAUUAUAAUAGUGAUCACUAUGAUGAUUUAUCCUCUGACAAUGGUUCCGACAAUGAAGAUGAUAAUUCCACAAUCCAUGGCCGUUCAAAUUCUAUGAGUAGUAAUCAAUUGUCUUCUUCUAAAGGCAAAGAGAGAUUCUUUUGGCAGUAUAAUGUCCAGGCCAAGGGGCCCAAAGGCAAACGUUUAGUUUUCCAAUCAAAAUUAGAAGAUCCUCAUGUACUGAAUGAGGUCACCGAUCCGGUAUUUAGUCCUAAUUGUUCUGUUAGAGGCAUAAAGGUGUAUAAGCAUAGUGGUAAAGCGCGCAAAGGUGAUGGUAAUGAUUUAACCCCAAAUCCUCGUAAAUUACAUAAUAUUGGCAAAGAAUUAGAUCGUUUAAGUCGUACCAUUAACGAUAUGACACCCGUAUCCGAACUGCCCUUUAAUGUUAGACCCAAAUCACGUAAGGAGAAAAAUAAAUUAGCUUCACGAGCUUGUCGUUUAAAGAAGAAGGCUCAACAUGAGGCCAAUAAAAUUAAACUAUUUGGUUUGGAAAUUGAACAUAAACGUUUAUUAAAUGCUAUUAGUGAUAUUAAACAGAAUCUGGCUUUAAAAUAUCGCAAACAAAAUGUGGGCGAAAAUGCCGAUGAGGUGGAACAACAAAUUGAAAGAAUUUAUAAACAUGCUAUAGGUAAGUUAAGAAAACAUUUCAUUACUGUUUACCUUCGUUAG